CCCGGAGGAGUCGGUCUCGCUCUCCCAGGCUGCCGGGCCAGAGCGGUUCGUAGACUUCCGGUUGCCUAGCCCUAGAAUUUUGAGGCUCCCUCCGCAUGCGAAUUGAGCUGUCCGUACAGCCAGGACACUCGGGGUUACAGCACCGAGGGGGUCCAUGGCUCGAGAUAUAAGUCCUGAUCUUUGAACUAAAUAGAAAGUUCCAAGAAGGAGUGAAGGAUGAAGCUCUACAUAUAGUAGCUGCUUGAUAAACCUUUACCAAAGAUUAAAAGGAAUUCCAUGAAGACACCAGUAGCUGAAAUAAUGGUGUUUGAUUUCACGGAGUAAAUUCUCAUUGAGAAGAACCCUACAGAUAUCCAAAAAUGAUUGAGAUUGAACAGGCAGAGGCCCAGCUCUCUGAGUUAGACCUGCUAGCCAGUAUGUUCCCCGGUGUGAAUGAGCUCAUAGUGAAUGACCAGCUGGCUUUAGCAGAACUAAAAGAUUGUAUUGAAAAGAGGACAAUGGAAGGACGAUCUUCAAAAGUUUACUUUACUAUCACUAUGAACCUGGACAUAUCUGAGGAAGCAGUGGUGAUGUUUUCUCUGGCCUGUGUUCUUCCCUUUAAAUACCCUGCAGUUCUGCCUGAAAUUACUGUCAGAUCAGUAUUAUUAAGUAGAUCCCAGCAGGCACAGCUGAAUACAGAUCUGACCACAUACCUACAAAAGAAUUGUCUUGGAGAUGUCUGUAUAUUGAAUGCCACAGAGUGGGUUAGAGAACACGCUUCUGACUAUGUCAGCAAAGACAACACACCUUCCCCUGUUCCAGGAAGUACAGUCCAGCCAGUUGACCUCAUUCUCACAAGACUCUGGAUCUACAGCCAUCACAUCUACAACAAAUGCAAAAGAAAGAACAUUCUAGAGUGGGCAAAGGAGCUUUCCCUAUCUGGGUUUAGCAUGCCUGGGAAACCUGGUAUUGUUUGUGUGGAAGGCCCACAAAGUGCCUGUGAAGAAUUCUGGUCAAGACUCAGAAAAUUAAACUGGAAGAGAAUUUUAAUUCGCCAUCGAGAAGACAUUGCUUUUGAUGGUACAAAUGAGGAAAUGGAAAGACAAAGAAAAUUUUCAGUUUUUGAAGAAAAAGUAUUCAGUGUUAAUGGAGCCAGAGGAAACCACAUGGACUUUGGUCAACUGUAUCAGUUUUUAAAUGCCAAAGGAUGUGGGGAUGUUUUCCAGAUGCUCUUUGGUGUGGAAGGACAAGGAGCAGAAGAGUAGUUGAAAGUGUUUUGCUACUGUUGGUCUUUUGACUUUCUCCCCGACUCUUUCUUGAAAGAUUAAGUAAUUUCCCUUUAGUCCCAUUCUAAAAUGUUAAGGGGGAGAAAAAGAGGAAAAGUAGUAUAGCUGAAAUGCAUCUGUUAAAAAUAUUCAUGAUUGAAUGCGGAACUGAGUUUGGUUUUGUUUGUUUGUUUGUUUGUUUUGCGGUACGCGGGCUUCUCACUGUUGUGGCCUCUCCUGUUGCGGAGCACAGGCUCCGGACGCGCAGGCUCAGCGGCCAUGGCUCACGGGCCCAGCCGCUCCACGGCAUGUGGGAUCUUCCUGGACCAGGGCACGAACCCGUGUCCCCUGCAUUGGCAGGCGGACUCUCAACCACUGCACCACCAGGGAAGCCCAGAACUGAGUUUUAAAUUAUAAUCUUAAAAUUGUUUAUAGACAUGUCUUGACAUAUAAACUACCUAUUUUGAAAGAGAAGUUAAUUAUAUUUGAGGACGAUAGAGUUGGUGUUAACUUGCCACUUAUUCCCAAUCCCCUUCCCCUUUAUCUGCCUCCACUAAGAACCUGGGAAAGCUUAAUGCUCACUCUCUCCAGGCUCUCUUGCAGCUGGUGGGGGGGCCAGGGAACCUUUGGGAAAACUUUUGCUUCCCUGAUUAAAAUGAUAGAUGCAGCUAGGGCACCUCUUCCCUCUCCUUCUGUCCGAAAUACCAGAGUGAUGGCUGGAGCUGCAGUAGUCCUUUCAACCACGAGGGAAGGAAGGGCCAAAAGAGCCACAGAGAUGCCAGUCCUCAAGCUGUUAAACUACUGAUCGGACACUAGCCGCUGCCUAUCUCUAGACAGCUUAUUAUGAAAUAAAACCAGUUUAUUUAUAUUUCUGUGUCUGUUACUAGCAGUUAAAAGCGAGUUUGCCAAAUAGAUUUUUUUCAAAGCAUUAGUUUUGCAUCUGCCCCAGGCACUUGAUACAAAGAUUAGUGAAAUUUUUCUUAAACGGAGUUUUCAGUUCAUCUCUAUUUUUGUAUACUCAUGCUCUGCCUCUGCUCCUUGGCUCACCUCACAGAAGGCUUUGAAGCACGAGCAGAGCUCAGACUUUUUAAUAGGCCUCAACUAUUCAUCAAACUGGUAAUUUAAAGCAUUCGUUUUUGGAAAAUUGGAUUUUGACAAAUUUUUCUCUCUGGAAGUGGCUUUCUGUAAAUUUAUUUUCAGCAAAUUGACUUAGAGUCAA